GGAUGGUAAUAUUCCAUCAUCACUAAUAAUUUGGGACAAAUCGUCCCUUGGAGAGUUAGUCGAUGGGGUAACAGGAAACAGCUGUUGGCUAUGUUAAAAACCACUGCAGCCGCCUGGACUCAUGGAUCACCAGUUGAUCAAAAUCAUGUAGAGCAGUUGGUCGUAGUGGCCAAUACUCAUUUACACUGGGACCCGAAAUAUCCGGAUGUUAAAACCAUCCAAUCCAUGAUGUUGACCAGAGAGAUCGUCUCCAUGGUAGAAAGCGUGAGGAGCUCUUUCAGUGAAAGAACUCUUCAGUUCUCAGACAUCAAGGUGCUGCUCUGCGGUGAUUUCAAUUCACUGAUGGAUUCUGGGGUAUUCCAGUUCCUGUCAACGGGUCAACUGCCGCUGAGUCACUCUGAGUUCCAGGGUUUUGAUUACAUCAACGCGAUUGUAACCAUGAUGAGUGGAGAAUGUUGUUCCAAAAUUACCCACCCGCUCAAGCUGUCAUCGGCAUGCAGUCCGCAAAUCAUGCCGUGUACAAACUACACGUACGAAUUCAAGGCGAUGAUCGACUACAUGUUUUAUUCUUCUUCUAACAUGGUGUGUCUCGGAGUCUACGGCUCCAUUCUGCAAGAAUGGUUUGAUAUAUUUAGCGUAGUGGGCUGUCCGCACCCUUUAGUUCCAUCUGAUCAUUUCCCGGUGAUAGCGGCUUUUCAAAUGACUGCUUGA